GCAAAAAUUAUUAUUUGGUACGUCCAUGUAAGACACCGUACAAUCAGAAUGUGCGGAAUGUGCGAGGGAACCUCUGUUUGGGCAAAUUUGACAACUUCUGAUUGAUUUCAUGUGAAAACUAGACUGUUGUCAUGUGGUUCUGUAGCUACAGAGGAACCUGUUGAAUUCUUGCCAAAAAUAGUAGCACAUGGGAAUGAAAGAUUCGGGGGAGCACUGCACUGGACCUUCAACGAUAAUUCGUUCCGUACCUGGACCGCGUCUCCAGCAAAACCUCUCCCGGACAGUUGCGGGCGGUCAGGCUGAGUUGUGACUGUCGUUGAACUGUAGCUGGCUGCUGCCGGGUACGCUUCGUUCACCCAGUCCAGACUUCUUGUACUAUCUUAAUGUUUUAGACCCCUGUUCAAGAUGCAAUUUGAAAUCAGUCAAUCAACGUCUAACAUAUCUGAAAGUGAUGGUACAUCUGCUGUACUGGAGAUUCUGCAUCGUAUUUGGGAAGAGGUAGAGAGGGGUAAUCUUAAUCAAAAGAGAGUGAACCUUGAGCAAUUGCUGCAGCAUGCUCCAGCAGAAUGGUUUCAUCCAGGGACUAAUCAUGACCUAAAGACAAGGAGAUACCAAGAACUCAGAGAUAUCUGCACGCAAGUCAUCUUACUCUUGAUCAAGCAGACCAAGAUCUCUCUUGCCAGCUGUCAUGAAUCAGAUGCUGGUGAUUACAGUGGCACAAAGUAUAAGGAACAUGCUUCUUUAGCUUACUCCGCUAUGUCCUUAGUCAAGCUUCUGUUGUCAAAGUUAAGCCCAACUCAAAAGGGAAAGUUACCAGAAGACUUGAUGAGGGGCAACACUGUAAGGUCCUGUGAUAGUCAGGCUGAACAAGUUGAAAUGUGUGCUUCAUCUGCAUCAGAUGGAUGCCAAGUUGGAUACCAAGAUGCAGAGCAAAGACUCCCAAGAUUGAAUAAUUGCUUCCAGGACAGUCAACAAUGCAGAUCAGUAGAUGUAUCCAUGCAAUCCUCUCCUGUGGUAUCCCAAGAAAUGGAAGGCCACUUCUCAAUCAGACCAAAGGGCAUUGGCCUCUUUGGAAGUCUUCCACCUGGUAUUACUGAGGAUGGUUCUGAGAGAACGACCAUUGAAGGAGAGUCUGAGGAACAGAUUGAGUGUUCGGACAGGUUAUUACGAGAGGUGAUGAAAUCCACAGUAGGGCCAAGUAUUGUCUUGUGUGCAUCACAUGCUCAGAAGCAUCCAUGGUCAAAUAAAGCAAGCCUUCAAGCAGCAAAUGCAUUACUAAAUCAACUCACCAGUACAUGUGGCUGCAACUCUUUACCAACACUACUCUCUGGAUGUUAUAGUGAUACCAAACAAAAUGAUGGUAUAAAUGCCAAGAGACUGAUACCCAAAGGUGCAUUUCGUCCUGCUAUGGUAGAAUUAAAGCAACAACUCACAAGAAAUGAUUGGAAGAAAUAUCCAGCAGCAAAACAUACUUUUGCUUGGUUAUUAGCUCAUUUGAAGCAUCCAUAUGUAGGAUAUCAACUUGACCACUGUCUUCCACCUUCUCUUCUCUUUGUUGAUGAUUAUGAGAUGGAGAACAAGGUACUUGGAAUACAGUGUUUGAGGCACAUCAUUGAUAAUGUGGAUCCAACUGAAUUGAGAUGGUAUGGGAGAGCAGAAGUGAUCUACGAGGCCUUACAUCCAUUGUUAUAUAACCAUAAACCAGACCUGAUUGAUAUCCUAUUUCCUUGCCUGUUAGCGAUUCUUAAAGUCGUAGAGAAAGGCCCCAAGAAGACAGACCAACCAAGGAAGCUAGGGAAGUAUGACAAGGCUCUUCAGAUAAUUCUCAACAAUAUGGAAGGUGAACAAAGGAUAUUGGUACGACAAGCUAAUGCAAGGCAUCUUCCUUCCUUCAUUGAUGUGAUGGGAAUUACCAUCCUGUGGCAUAUGAAGAGAUUGAUUCGUAUCAUCGUUGCCUACCUGGAAACAAGUGAUGGGCCAGAGGAGACUGGUAGACUCCUUACUCUCAGGAUACUGCAAGCAGUCAUUCUUCAAGCAUGGCCACGAAUGAUGACUCACUGUUCUGACCUGAUGAAAUCUCUCCUAAAACUGCUUCUUGAUAUUUCCAGAGGACCAACUGAUAUUUCACCUGAAGUGAGAGAUAGAGUUGGUAAAGAGUGUAUCGAGUGCAUGACAUUGCUGAAGAGGUGCUGUGGUACAGUUGUGGAAGACACAGUGAAAAAGCUCCUGGAUUCAAAUCUUGAAGACAAGUUAGUGAAAGAUUGCCUGGAGAAUGUUCUAAAAAGCUAAUCUACAAUCAUGCUUCCUACAUGCUGUUUGGUUUGUCAUUUUAAAUAUCAACCAAUGUUUUUGUUUGCAUUUACAUCAUGGUAAGCCUGAGCAAUUUCAAUGUGUAUGCAGUAAAAGAUAUAUGGAUGAAUAGUCAUGUACAUAGUCUGGUUUAACAUUUGACAUCAGUCAACCUAACAACUACAUAAUGUUGAUUCUGCACAAUAACUUGUUAAGGGGAAAUUUCGCCUUGUAUGUUAGCUGGUUUUAAUAAUAGCCGAAAAAUUAGUGAAAAAGAAUGAUGGUUUGAUGAAAAUCUGUCAGAAUAAGAGAGUUAUGAAUUUUCAAAAGUUUCGAUUUUUGACGUUAUAUGCGAUCAGCUCCUCCAUGUAACAUAAGUUCCAUGAAUAUCAAUUUUAAAUGGAACAUGAUGAAUAUUAAUAUUUUUCUUAUACAAGGUGGCAUUAAAUGAUGUGUCUGAUGAUAUAUCUACCAUUCAAAUAAAAUUUCAAUUGUUUUAGGAAAGGACAAUGAAGGGAAUUUAUAUCACACAACAUACAUGUAAGGAGCAGCUGCUUGUCUGUGAUGUCAUGAAAUCAAAACUUAAACAUUUUUAGCUCUGUUAUUCUUUGACAGAUUUUCAUCAAACCUUCACCAGUAUCUUUCUCUAAAUUUUCUGCUUUUAUUAAAACCAUCUUAUCGCCAAGGUGACUUUCCUUUUAAAGGACAAGUCCACCCCAACAAAAAGUUGAAUUGAAUGCAAAGAGAAAAUCCAACAAGCAUAACGAUGAAAAUUUCAUUAAAAUCGGAUGUAAAAUAAGAAAGUUAUGACAUUUUUAAGUUUUGCUUGAUUUUUCAAAACAGUUAUGUGCACAUCCUGGCCGGUGUGCAAUGAGGGAGUUAAUGACAUCAAUCACUUUUUCUUUUGUAUUUUAUUAUAUGAAAUAUGAAAUAUUCUGAUUUUCUCCCCAAUGUCCUGUGAAACAAAGUCUUAUUUCUCCCUGAACAUGUAGAAUUACCAUUGUUUAACAAUUUAUGGUUCACUCAAGUUGGUCCUUAUUGUCAAAUCUGUGAAAAUUGAGAUAUUGUCUAAUUCAAACAAUUAAAAACAAAAGAAAUUGUCGCUGAUGUGGUUUACGGUACACCAUGUGGAGUGUUAUAGAAGCAGUGGAAAGAAGAAGAAAAGGAAUUGGAUAGGCGAGAAAGUGGAGAUUUGAGAGUAGAGUAUUCUUUUCUUGAAAGUAGUCCUGAAAAGGACUGUAAACCAGAAGAGAUUGAUGAGUUGAAGAAACAGCUUGAGUAGUAGGAUGGAUGAGGAGUUGCUGGCUUGAGUCGGCGAGUAGAGAUGAUGAGUAGAAGCAGUAGAGAGACUCGACGUUUCAGGCAGGUUGACUGUCCGUCUUCAGGAGUGAGUGUUUGUGCGGCGGUACAAGAAAUUGUGAGUUAGGGACAUCAUUGAUUCUCUGAUUUUCUUGUGACUAAAUUUUGCGCAUAACUAUUUUGAGAAAAAUAAGUGGAACUUUAAAAUGUCAUAACUUUCCUAUUUUAAAUCAGAUUUUGCUGAAAUUUUCAGCAUUAUGCUUGUCUGAUUUUUCUCUAUUGAUUCAAAUCAAAAUUUUUCUGAGGUGGACUUGACCUUUAGUUAAGUGAGCGGUGUAAUGAAACACUAAUACAAAUCAACACAAUGUAGAAUAUUUUGUGAUUAUUUUUUUAACAUUGUAUCUAUGCCAGGAUAAUCAUUAUUUAGAUUUGUAGUUUAUCGUUUUUUUUAGUAGUAGAAUGAAUUUACAACUGUUAUAAUUAUGGGAAGGUUUAUAUAAUAUGCACUGUUUGACCGCAAGAUAGAUCACCUGAAAUAUUUAUCAAUCUCAUCUACAUUUUAAGAAUACAGUACUAACUGAAUUUAAAAAAAAGUGCAUUUGUUCACUUCUUUCCUCUUCUUGACCAUCAUUCACAAUCUCACUUUUCAUAAAAGGUGUAAACAGCCAUCAGAUAACAUAGCAUAUAACUAAACAAACAUAAUUUGCCAGAUAUGUGCAUUCAUCUUAACCAUGAUAACAUUUUUGCAAAGUUUUAGAUACUCCCCCAUACAGUCCUGUCUUCGGAAGCUUUUCUACCAAAGGAUUAUGAAUAAUCAGAUCAUAUAACUCUUUAUUUUCUUAUUGCACUUUGUAAAUUCAUCAUGAUAUGUUUUAGAUAUCAAGAAGGUAGUUAUAUCUAUGAUUAUUAAAAUGAUCAAAAUAAUGUGUGUUCCUCACUGAUGUCUGAGGAAGUAAUUGCAAGAACAAACAAAGCUGAUAAAUUGGAAAAACGGAGUAUAGAGUAUAAAGGCAGAGUACAAAGUGUAGGACUGGGUAAGGAAAAAGAGUUUGUGCAGAACAUGUUGAUGGAUUCAACUGGUAUAUGUAAAGUACUGUAAUAUGUUUUAAUUUCUUUAAUAGGAAUAUUAACAGAGGUAAGGUUAUACCCCAGCAGUACCACAUGGAACAAUAUUCUCAUCUUAUCAUCUUUGCCAGGGUCUAAAUUAUCUUGCUACAGUUUUAAUGUUACCCUACAAAGUGUGCCUAAAGCACAUAUGAUUAUUAGCAUGUAAUCUUAUGUAAUGUUUUCUUACCAAAUAAAUCUUAUCAAGAUGAAGAGAGUUGUAGAUUCUUAAACAUUUGAUGAUGGGUUGUUUUUUUCCAUGCAAUCUUACUCCAUUGCUUGUAUCAGUCCAUUAUUACAUCCCUUCCACAGUAAAUAAAAUUCAUGUUGGUUAUCACUUCA